AAUCGACGCGUUCCUGCACUUGCCAAACUCACCUGAAACACAAAGAGAAGUAGGUCGUUAAUAUCGAAAAACCGAAGCCGCCAGCGUUCAGCAAAACGAGGAUCUUCCGGAAAGGGAAAAAGGAAAACCGUUAGAAGGGAGCAAAGGGGAUCCAGCGAGCCACGGGAAAAGAGCCAGCGCACAGGAGGGACGAGCGAACGGGCGCGUAAGAGCGGUGGGGAGCGAGCGGCCGACCAACCAAGCAUCGCGCUCGUCGGCGGCGUGCGCCGCCUGGCCGUCGGCGCUCGCGACGGCAGCAGUACGCGCAUGGGCCGCGUGUCAGUUGGACGCACGUAGCUGUCUUGCUCGUGUGAAACAACGGCCGAGCGAGACUCGCGCGCACUGGCAGACAACGGAGAAAGGACGAAGCGCGCGCGCGAGAGCAGCUAGCGCGUCGAGAACACACCGAUGGUAGACUCGUUGGCAUUGCGCGCGAGCCCAAAGACAGUUGUUGAUGCUGCUCGGCAAUAAUGGCGGACGCGAGUAGCAGCUGAGCCGUGCAGUGGUAGCAGCGUCAACGUGAACGGAGCUUCGCCACCGUCAUCCACUAAUUCCUCGACUCGCCAAUGAACUCCGAGCAACGCUCUGCGAAGCUCGAGCCCGAAUUAGGUGUCCGGAAUGGGGGUGGCUCGCUGGGUCGCUGCCCUCCGCCCAAGCCUCGCGCUCUGGAGCCUUGCCGCUGCCCUCGCCGUCCUCUGCCCCUCGGCAGCCCACAAUGGUACCGCCGACAGCGCCAGCUCCGCGCCAUCGAGCUGGCCAUGUCCCGAGCGGUGCGAGUGCGACCAGAACGGUGCCUGGCUGGACUGCCGGGAGCGCGAGCCACCGGCGCUGAGCCCGCGACUGAGCCGACUGUCGUUGCGGCGGGUGCGGGCGCCGGCGGCGACGCUGAGCGCCGCGGCCCUGGCCGCGGCGCCGCAACUGCGACAGCUGAGCUGGCGCGAGAGCGACCUGGAGCAGCUGCAAGCGCACAGCCUGGGGGCGCUGCGCCAGCUGGAGCUGCUGGACCUCGGUGACAACCGACUGCGGCGGCUACCCGCGGAGGCUUUCCGGCCGGCGCUCGGCCGGCUGCGCAGCCUCAACCUGACCGGUAACCUGCUGGGCGUGCUGCCGCGCAGCGCGCUGCAGGGCAUGGACGGGCUCCAGGAGCUGCUGCUGGCCGAUAACCGGCUGGAGGUGCUGGCCUUCCAGGCCUUCGAGGCGGCGCGCGGCCUGCGCCGCCUGGACCUGUCGCGCAACUUGCUGGUCUCGUUGCCCGACCACAGCUUCCGGCCGAACCGCGCGCUGCGCGAGCUGCGGCUGUCCGGCAACCGGCUGAGCCGGCUGCCGCCGCAGCUGUUCUCGGCGCUGGGCGAGCUGCGCGAGCUCGAGCUGGCCGACAACGACAUCGAGCUGCUGCCGCGCGGCCUCUUCGCCGAGUUGGGCCGGCUGGAGCGGCUGGGCCUGGCCGGCAACCCGAUCGCGGGCCUGGCCGCGCACAGCCUCGCUGGCCUGGGCGCGCUGCGUUGGCUGGACCUGAGCCGCACGGGCCUGGCGCAGCUGCCCCCGGGUCUCUGGGCGGCCACGCCGCGGCUGCACAGCCUGAUGCUCUCGGACACGCGCAUCGAGGCGCUGCGCGACGGCGCGCUGCGCCACCUUGGCGAGCUGCGCAGUCUGGAGAUGGACGACGGGCCGCUGCGCGAGGUGGGCCCGCACAUCCUGGAGGACACGCCGCGGCUCCGCCGACUGAGCCUACGCCGCAGUCAGCUGAGCUUUCUGCCGCCGAGUCUGGCGGGGCUGCGCGAGCUCGCCCAGCUGGACCUGGAGGGCAACCCCUGGGCCUGCGACUGCCGCAUGUUUUGGUUCGUGCGCUGGGCCGAGGAGCACGCGCACCGCGCGGCCUUCGGCAGCGGGCUGCGCUGCGGCCACGAGGCCGACAUGGUGGACACGAUCCAGGCGCUGCGCUAUCUCAACUGCACGCCGCCGCGGCUGAGCGCACCGCGGCCCGGGCCGACGCGCGCGCGGCUGCGCGGGCCCGCGCUGCUCGAGUGCGAGUUCGCCGGCAACCCGCUGCCCUCACUGACCUGGGUGACGCCGCGGCUGCGCGUCUUCCACUGGAGCCCCGACCCCGCGUUCCCCGACGCCUUCGCGCAGCAUCCGCGCGCCCACGCCUUCCCGCUCGAGGCCGACGUGGUGCCCGAACCCGACGACGGCCGUGUGCGCCUGCUAGAGAACGGCUCGCUCUAUAUCAGUCGGCUGCUGCGCGAGGACGUGGGGGACUACAAGUGCUUCGCCGUCAACCCCAUCGCCAACCUCACCAGCUUCGUCAGCUUGCGCGCCGACCCCGUCACCUAUCGCAACAUCUUCCUCGUGAGCCUGGCCGUGGGGGCGGCCAGUGCCGCGGGCUUCCUGCUGCUCACGCUGCUCGUGCAGUUGCUACGCUGCCUGUUCGUCAGGUGCGGCUGCGCCAAGUGGUGCCUGUGCUGCAGGCACGUCGGCGCGACCCCGCGCGCCAAGCAGAUCUACCAGAUGCUCGACAACAUCGAGCAUUACAAGAGCAUGCAGCUGGAGCGGCUGCGCGAGAACUACACGCAGCAGGUGCAGCGCAUCAAGGAAAACUGCGCCCAGCAGGUCGAGUGGAUCAGGGACAGCUACGAGGGCCAGAUGCAGCACAUACGCGACAUCCGCGACUACGGCACCAACCACCUCACCACCUUGCGCGACCAGUACUACAACCAGGUGAGUCUCGAGCACGCGCGCCGUGCUGCCCACUCGGCGCUCACGCUCGACCCGCUGUCUGUCGUGCAGGUGACUCGCGUGCGCGACUACUCGACCAGCCAGCUGAACUGGGUGCGCGAGAACUACGUCUUCCAGCGCAACAAGAUCCGCAAGUUCAGCUCGCACCAAGUGCUGCGCCUGCGCGAGUCCUACAAGUACCAGCAGCAGACGCUGAACAAGGUGCUGGAGAAUCUGCCAAGCCUCUAUCUGGACAACUGCCGCAGCGGCUCCUGCGGCCGCUCCGACUCGGUGGUAUUCGACCCAAAGGACCUGGUGGACGGAGACGAGCCGCCGCUGGACGUUCAGGUCGACAGCUACUUCAAGGCCAAGAUCGACGACAUCGUCGCGGCCUACAGCUCCAGCCUGGACGACGUCAAUAGCGAGUACUACACGCCCAGUGGCCUGUCCUCGUGCAGUCCGCGCCAGCACGUGGAGCAUCUGGUCGGGGCCAACCUCGAGGGCGUGCCGGUGAUCAACUACAUCGACGACCGGCCCGCCAGGCCGCUCGGCAUCGGUCCCUCGGCCUUCCUGCAGCGCAUCGACGAGUUCAACGGCACCAGCACGUCCAGCCUGGACAGCGCCGAGCGGUCCGUCUUCCGCGGCGUCAGCGCCGAGACCCUGGCCGGCGACACGCGCGGCACCCCAGAGGUGCUCGGCCUGCUAGUGCCCAGCGCCAGUCUGCCGGAGCUGCCGCACGAGACCCGACUCUGACCCGGACGAUCUUGAUCUUCCCUCGCGCUGCGUGCUCUUGUUGUCAGUGCCGUCGCUGUCUUUGUGCCGCUCGUACGACUUUGUGGUUUCGUUGUCAAUGCCGUCGCUGCGGUCGACGGAUGCCUGCUCGGAAGAUUGACCAAGUACCUGAACGCUGGGUUCGCUGCGACGAUAUACGGUGCUAUGUGCAAGUGACGCGACUCUGUGCCGGUGACUUUCUUUCUUCGUGUCCGUCGUGGAGGCAUGGUGCAAAAUGUUGUUCGCGCUGGUCAGCACGACGAUUCAAAGGGAAACUAUGUCGACGGCGACGGCGACGACGACGACGACGGCGACGAGGCCGGCAAGCGAUCGCCGCUGUUCGCAUCGACGCUAAAAAUUCCAGCCCCAUGGCACGUGUCAAUUUCCAUCGAUCGCUACCGCUCAGUUUUCUUCGCACAGUCACGCAGCUUGCUGCUCAGUUAGGUCUUGAGACAGUGAGAGGGCCGCGGGGGCACCGAACUCGCGCCUCUUGCGCUACACCUCGCUGAUUGAAGGACAAGCCCGAGACGGACUUGAGUGAGUGCCAGUGUGCUGUCGCCUCGCAAAAGACUGAACGACCAAAGUCGUCGACGCCUCCCUGCCGCCGCGAGCUUUUACACGCGCGGCGAAGGUUUUAAUGUACAGUCUUAGACAUAUACACACACGCACACACGCGCGCGCGCGCGCGCACACACACACAUACACUCACACUCACUACCGUUAUCGAAAUAUUGUACGGUUGCUAAGUCCAACGUGGAUGCACGUCGGCACGUUUACUUCGCGUUUGUUGUGUUACGUAAUCACGACGCAUCGUAUGCAACUUCGCGAGUAACAUUUUUAGAUUUUGUUUGUUUGUUUUGUAACUUUUUAUCAAUACUUAUCGGAUUUGCAAAUAGACAAAAACGUCUCUCGCUCUCACUUUCGCAAGGUAGACGAUUAAUUAGGCUAAACAAUUUAUCGUAUUCGUGGUCUUUUUAAGGUCGAUUCAACUUAAUAAACAAACAAAUAAUCAAUUAAAUUAGUUGAUCAUGCCAGUUGGUUAUUUUUGUUCAUACUGGACUGUUAGUGCUACUUUUCAUUGGAAAAAAUCGAAAAAUUGAUGUGAAACUAUUGCGACGUCGCUGUUAUCUGCGAUCGUUAUUAUUAUUGACUUUGUCGUUACUCUUCGAUGCAACCAUAUAUACACAUACAUAUAACCAACUUUGAUGAUAAUAAAAGGUCUAUUAUUGAAAAUAAACCGUCACUGUUUUAUUCGUCAGAUAAGCAUGUCUUUGAUGAAAUAAUACGUAGCUAUAUACUACUGGUAUAAAUUAUAUACUUCGUCAAUUCGUACUCUAUUACAGUCGGAAAGUUAUCCUUAAUGGUAUUUCGACUUGGAGUAGCGUCAAUCAUAUUCUACUCUACUCUUGAAUUCGAUCAAAUAAGGGACGAUGAGUAAAAGCUUACUGCUCGUCCCAUUGAUCCUUUCCGUUUCUUUUUAGUCGUUUUUCAUAAUUUUAGAAAUUAUCUGUGAUUUUCAAUCUGUUACUUCUAUUUGUUUUAAUCAACUUUCUUUUAAUCAAGCUCGAAUAAGUCUGUUGUACAUUUGUAAGACUAACAAAAGAGAACUGUU